AUGACAAGCUCAGGUUCUCCUUGUGGUGCUUGCAAGUUCUUGAGAAGAAAAUGUAUGAGGGGUUGUGUUUUUGCCCCUUAUUUCUGCCAUGAACAAGGAGCAACCCAUUUUGCAGCCAUACACAAAGUCUUUGGUGCUAGCAAUGUGUCGAAGCUCCUGGCUCACCUGCCGGUGAGUGAUCGAUGUGAAGCCGCAAUCACGAUUUCGUAUGAAGCUCAAGCUAGGCUUCAAGAUCCCAUUUAUGGCUGUGUUUCACAUAUCUUUGCUCUCCAGCAGCAGGUUGUCACUCUUCAAGCACAACUGAAUUCUCUCAAGGAACAAGCAGCUCAAAGCCUUCUCAAUGCCUCUAGCAGUUCCAGCCUUAAUGACAGAAUCUAUGGAAAAUGUCCUGCUUACCCUCAGGAUGUUCAAAGUUGGUUCCAGUCUCAAAAUUCUAGCUUCAUCCCCCAAUUGGAUCCAAACUUAACCAGUAAUAUCGGAAACUUACCUUACUGUGAAAAUGGGACCAUGAAUCUGGGAAACUAUGAAAAUUCAGCCCUCCUGGAAGAUAACAUCUCAUUUGCUAGCUUUGAAGUGGGUUCUAAAUCACUGGAUUCUCUUCAUGAUGUGCAAACAAACAACAAGCAAUGGGAUUUUCGAGACGACAUGAAUGAUCUGGAAUCUGUGGCCUUUGGGUAUAUUCAGCAUUCAUGA